AAAAACCCUAGUUUAAACCCGAAAUUUACGCCGGCUGAAGAAACCCAAAAGCAUCAUCGCCAAAUUCCAACAACAUCGGGCACGCAACCUCCGACGCACGGCGUUGGGCGUUCUUAGCAAGCAGCGAGCCGGCGAUGGGUUGCCUUUCAACCCUUAUCGUCCGUUCAUGAAGCUCAGAGCUCUUCCGCUUUCCUCACCCUACCCUCAAUAUCCAUCUCUCAAAGCUCUCAUCUUUCAUUCCAAUCCUCGGAUGGCUCUAACCCAAACCGCAACCAUCCACUCCGAUCCACCCGAAAACGACGAUGACCUCAUCUGCGGCGAUCCAGAACAACAGGGGGAAGAGGAAAACUUGUCUUCCUCUACAACUGAGAACACAGCGUUGUUAGAGGUGGCUCCUCCGGUGCGGUGCUUGAGCGGAGAGUCGCCGGCGGAGAAAGCAUGGGCGCACUGGAACAAACUCGGCAGGCCAAAGCUGAUUGUUGCCCCCAUGGUAGACAACUCUGAGCUUCCGUUUCGAAUGCUUUGUAGGAAGUACGGAGCGGAAGCUGCCUAUACCCCCAUGUUGCAUUCGCGUAUCUUUACAGAGAAUGAGAAGUACCGCAAUCAGGAGUUCACUACUUGCAAGGAGGACCGCCCAUUAUUUGUUCAGUUUUGUGCUAAUGAUCCUGAUAUAUUACUGGAAGCUGCUCGAAGAGUAGAGCCUUAUUGUGAUUAUGUUGACAUUAAUCUGGGGUGUCCUCAACGAAUUGCCAGACGAGGAAAUUAUGGAGCUUUCUUGAUGGAUAACCUUCCUCUUGUAAAAUCGUUGGUUGGAAAACUGGCUCUGAACCUUAAUGUUCCUGUCUCUUGUAAAAUCAGGGUAUUUCCUAAUUUACAGGAUACGCUCAAUUAUGCAAAGAUGCUAGAGGAAGCUGGUUGCUCUCUUUUGGCCGUUCAUGGGCGAACCAGAGAUGAGAAGGAUGGGAAGAAAUUCAGAGCUGACUGGAAUGCCAUUAAGGCUGUUAAAGAUGCAGUUAGAAUCCCAGUUCUUGCUAAUGGAAACAUACGUCAUAUGGAUGAUGUUUGGAACUGUUUGGCAGAGACUGGUGCAGAUGGUGUGCUUUCAGCUGAGUCCCUUCUCGAGAAUCCUGCUUUGUUUGCGGGUUUUCGAACAGCUGAAUGGGUGGUGGGUAAUGAAGAAAAUAGUAGAGAUGGAAAUGUAGAUCAGGCAGAUCUGCUUGUGGAGUAUUUGAAACUUUGUGAAAAAUACCCUGUCCCCUGGCGAAUGAUUCGUGCUCAUGUGCACAAAAUGCUUGGAGAGUGGUUCAGGAUUCAGCCGCAUGUAAGAGAUGAUCUCAAUGCACAGUCUAGACUAACAUUUGAAUUUCUUUAUAGUUUGAUUGAUCGGCUAAGGGAGCUUGGUGUAAGAAUUCCACUAUAUCAGAAGGAUACUUGUGUGGAAAGAAUUUCAGCAGAUGGAUUGUGAACCUGAAUUACUGGUGAUUAAUACGGGGCUAGCCUAUUGGAUUGAAAGUGUGUAGAACGUGUAGAACUCUGGGAGAAGACAUGAGAUUGUGCUUUCAGGUCACUGCUAACCCUACAAUCUCAUAUUUUGAAACAUGUCAGAUUAAUGUAGCAGACUUGCAGCUAUAUAGUUGAUCAACUGAAGAAAUAGGGCCAUUCAAGCUAAGAAAAAUUACCCCUUAAUACUUAUUACUAGAUUUUGAUGGUUUCUUGUAUUUUAUACGUCCCUAAGAUGAUAUCAGUAAAAUUUUGUCAGAGUAGCAAGACCUUGAUUUGAGUUGUUUCUGU